UUUGGAGAUGUUCGUCAGAAAAAUUAAAUUGAACUAAAUUUCAAAGGGAGAACAAUCUGGGCCUGACUUGAGCUUUAUUUGACACGCACAAAGGUAUAGACUACUAGCAGUCUUUAGUAGAUGAGUGUGUGAGCGUGAAUUCGAGUGUGACAAGCGCGCCGCGAGUUUCGCUCGUCUUCCGACGUCCACGCGCUCACGAACUCUUUAAUGUGACGCGUUCCUCUUUGCGAUUUUUUCGAGUAAAAGAGAAAAUGUGCACAAUCUGUAAAAAGUUAUCACUUGCACUACAAACGGAAAUGAUAGCGUUCUGGUAUUUCUUCGAGUGUGCCUAAAAGAUACGUUGAUAGCUAAAAAUAGUGGCCUUUCCUCCUAAACUACCUAAGUGAGACCCAAAACCUUGAUUUCAACGCUAAGCGAGACGACGAGCAUCCCCCCCGGGGGGGAGGGGGUGAGGUGUGGAGCUCACCGGGAAGUCGGAACCAAGCUCAAAGUAAUCAAGGGAUAAAAGUAGUUAUAACGGAAUCUGUUGAUGAUUUACCUUACUUCAUCAUUUAUAAUUAGAGAUUACACUUUGUCAAGUGGUUUCCAUGACAAUGGAUGGCAUCACCUCUGUUUGACAUGGGGAAAUACCGAUGGAAGAGCUUGUAUGUAUAUAGAUGGGACAAAGCUAAUGUGUGUAGAUGAUUACCAAACCGGUCAGACAAUCGCUGCAAAUGGAAAGUUUAUUCUUGGCCAGGAGCAAGACUCAUUCGGAGGCAGCUUUGAAUCUAGCCAGGCGUUUGAAGGUAGACUGAGCCGAGUGAAUGUUUGGGAUUUUAUAAUUACCUCGAACACAAUAAAAGAGAUGUCAAGAGGAUGUGGAUUAUGGAGUGGAAAUGCAGUCUCUUGGUACAACUUCAAGAAUAACAUUUUUGGAAAUAUACAGAUCAUUACUCCUUCAUCAUGCUCGCUUGCAGUGUCCACAGUUCAAGCUAAGAGAGACGACUACUGUCAAGACCGAUACGGCAGUAAUCCAAAUUCUGGUUGCGGGACAACUUUAAGGGCAUUGUUUGAUAGCAAACAUAACCAAGUUGGAAAAGUAUGGCGCUGUUUUUAUGACGUGGCACUUACUACAGACUCACAAUCAAAUAUGUACGUUUACGACACAGUGAAGAACUCACAAUGCACGCAUUCGAUUACGGAUGACCUGCUGGCUAUCAAUGAUUGAGGGAACACUGCUACCAUGAUAUAGCUACAGUGACUGAGUUAACCCUCGGACGUACAAGCUAACUCAUACCCCCACCGUGGUACAACGCGAAAUUGAUUGACCCCCACCCCUUGGGUUUUCGUUCUGCUGGGGCACAGCGAAAUAAAUUUACAUUGACUAGUAGAAAUCGUAGAUUAAAGAAUCGGUUCGAGCAUUGGUUAGUAAAGUAAAUAUUCUCGGAACAGCAUUUUGUGCCUGAGCCGUUGGGUAGACGUGAAAUUGGCCUCCCUCCAGUAGGGGCAAAAACAAAUGAAGUGAUCACACAGCACGUACAUACCAGAGGAUUUCUCGUUUGUAAGUGUAUUACGUAACAUUAGUUACGAUCGGUCAGCAAAAAACACGGACUGCAGUCGGAAGGCCGAAUUUAGUCCGCAGUCCGCGUUUUAUACAUGAGUCCUUGUUUUAUGCCCAAUCCGUUAUGCUCAGUCCGUGUUUUAUACCCAGUCCGCGUUUUAUACCCAGUCCGCAGUCCGCAGUCAGCAGUCCGC